CAUGAUUGACGUGGAUGUAGACUAAAGAAUCUUAUAGCAAUGGUUUCCACUUGCACAGUAUUUGUGUUCAUAUUUUUGGUUGCACCAUAUCAGCUCCUUGUUCUCUCAAACCACUUGGAUCUUUCUCCGCUUCCCACUGAUUUCCUCUUCGGCACUGCUUCUUCGUCUUACCAGUAUGAAGGAGCUUAUAAGAGUGAUGGCAAAGGCCUAAGCAACUGGGAUAACUUCACUCAUGGUCACGGACAAGGUCGAAUACUCGAUGGGACCAAUGCGGAUAUUGCUGAUGAUCAUUAUAAUCGUUACCUGGAGGAUAUAGAUCUAAUGAAAGCUUUGGGAGUAAACAGCUACAGGCUAUCCAUUUCAUGGGCAAGAAUUCUACCAAGGGGUAGAUUUGGAGAGGUCAACCAUGCAGGUAUCGACUUCUAUAACAGACUAAUUGAUGCUCUACUACUCAAAGGGAUCCAACCCUUUGUGACUCUUAGUCACUAUGACAUUCCCCAAGAGCUGGAGGACAGAUAUGGGAGUUGGCUAAGUCCCCAAUCACAGGAAGAUUUUGCAUAUUAUGCGAACCUAUGUUUUAAAACCUUUGGUGACAGAGUUAAGUACUGGGUCACAUUCAAUGAGCCAAAUAACCUAGUGCCACUUGGCUACCGUUCAGGUUUAUUUCCUCCAUGUCGUUGCUCUGGCCCAUUAGGAAUGGCAAAAUGCGGUGGAGGAGAUUCAGAAAAGGAACCCUUUGUAGCAGCUCAUAACAUUAUCCUGUCACAUGCAGCUGCAGUUGAUAUCUAUAGAGCCAAAUACCAGACUGAGCAAAAAGGAAGAAUCGGUAUAGUCCUUCAACAUGAAUGGUAUGAACCGAUAAGCAAUUCAACAGCUGACAUUUUGGCUACCGAAAGAGCAAGAUCAUUCACCUUCAAUUGGUUCUUGGAUCCAAUCAUAUUGGGAAAGUACCCCACAGAGAUGGAGAAUGUUCUUGGAAGCCUCUUACCCAAAUUUUCCAGCAACGAAAAAGAGAAACUCAAGAAAGGAUUGGACUUCAUUGGCGUCAAUUACUACACAGCUUUCUAUGUCCAAGACUGCAUGUACUCCGCGUGCAAAUCAGGACCCGGGAUUUCCAGAACAGAGGGUUCAUACCUGAAACUUGGAGAAAAAAAUGGUGUCGCAAUUGGUGAACGUACUUCAUUUAGUUGGUUUAAUAUUUACCCAGAAGGCAUGGAAAAAUCUGUCACGUAUGUGAGAAAUAGAUACAACAAUACUCCAAUGUUCAUAACUGAAAAUGGGUAUCCCGAACAAGAUGACCCAAAAUUCACUUCGGAAGAACAUCUUAAUGACUUUAAAAGAAUAAAGUACAUGGAGGAUCACAUAGAGGCCCUAUUAGCAGCAAUAAGGAAAGGAGCAGAUGUGAGGGGAUACUUUGCCUGGUCCUUGCUCGACAGCUUUGAGUGGAUAUAUGGAUAUACUGUAAGAUAUGGGUUCCAUCAUGUGGAUUAUGCCACGUUGAAGAGAACUCCAAGAUUAUCAGCAAGUUGGUACAAGCAAUUCCUUGUAAAGUACAAGGAAACCUUUUCAUUGGGCAUCAGAGGGAAAGAAAAACUCGUACAACACACUUGAAACAAAAAGCUUAUAACCUAAAUGUAGAACCUUAUCGGCUACAAUUCUUAGUUUAUGAUAUAUUGUCAGUACUUCUGCCUUUAAUCAAAUGAUGCUUCGUUCCCUCUUUGUACUAAAAC